GUCCCAGAGGGCAGAAUGCACAUUUCCAAGGACCCUUGUCGUCCAUCAGAGCAGUAAUCAAGAGAUCUUCUCGGACUUCUAUUCAGAGUGAACUUCAUCGAGAUAGGAGGCGCCCAGAGAUCACCAUUGUGGCAGCUGAGCCAUUGAGGCCAGCCUCGUGGUUUCCAGGAGCCCCACCCCCAGGACUGGGAUUUUCCCCAUCUUCUGCUGCAGGCCCUUGGAGGCCAAGUGAGCUGGUUCCUGAUGAGCUCCCACCAUCCUAUGAAGAAGUCAUAAAAGAAAUAAACCAAGUUCAAGUUAAUACUACAAAUAAUAAUAAUGCUGCUGCCACUCCAAGGCACACUAUUACUUCUGCAACUCAGACUGACUUUUCAGAAGAAAUAGACAACGAUCUGCCUCAAACAUUCCAGGCACCUCUCAAGCCUCUCCAGCCUUCCCCAACAGUCUCAUCUGGCAAUCUUUCAACAAAUGUGGCACCUUUAAUAGUUUUUGAUAUUUCUGAAGAACAGAAUUGUCCAGAAAAUACCAGUGCUACAAGAUGUCCAGUGCCAAAACCAAGAUCAAAAAGCAACCUCAGACCCGUAGCCAGAGAUACUCAAAUUAAAGAGCAAAGUUACCAGAAAAUCAGCCCAGCAGCCACAGAAGAGGGGUCAUCCCCAGGCCGGCCCCAGUCUCUGUCAGUCUCUGAAGCUGACAAUACCAACAGUUUAGACAGUCAGGCAGUGAUGAACAUUAUGAACACAGAACAAAGCCAAAAUCGUAUUGUUUCAAGAAUCAAAGCAUUUGAAGGUCAGACAAAUAUAGAAACCUCAGGGCUGCCCAAGAAACCAGAAAUUACUCCCCGUACACUUCACUCAAGGCCUAAUGUUUCCUCGGGGAAACCCUCUGUGGCUCCUAAACCAGCUGCUAACAGAGCUUCUGGAGAAUGGGACUUUGGGACUGAAAGCAGACGUAGGGUGACCUCCAAGGAAGGGCUCACCCCAUACCCCCCACCGCAAGAAGUGGGAAGCAUCCCAGUAACCAAACCUGAAUUGCCAAAGAAACCAAAUCCUGACCUUAUACGAAGUGUUAAUCAUGAGAUAACGGGAGGAGGGCCCCUGGCAGAGAGCUCUGAUGCGGGAAAGAAAGUCCCAACUCCUGCUCCACGGCCUGUGCUGCCGAAGAAAUCAGUUUCCUUAGAAAAUCCCACCUACCCUCCACUGAAACCCGUCACUGUUCCUCCCCGACUUUCAGUGGCAUCACAAGCCAAAGCAUUCAGGUCACUGGGAGAAGGGCCCCCGGCUAAGCCCCCAGGUCCAGUUCUGCAGAGCAAGCCUCUGGAUGAUAUCAACCUCAUCAGCUUUGAUGAUGAUGUUUUACCCACCCCAUCUGGGAUCCUGGCUGAAGAAUCUAUUGGUUCAGAGAUGGUUCUAGAUCCCUUUCAGCUCCCCAUAAAAACAGAACCAACAAAAGAACAAACAGUUCAACCAGCACCCACCAGGAAGCCCACUGUAAUUCGAAUUCCAGCCAAACCAGGAAAAUGUUUACAUGAGGAUCCACAAAGCCCACCUCCUCUCCCUGCUGAAAAACCUAUUGGAAACACUUACAGUAUAGUAUCUGGAAAACUCAGUAAUAUUGACAGAACGAGAAACUUGGAAUCCAGCCACACUGAUCAUAUAGGAGGUUUUGUGCGAGGACCCCCAAGGUUGCCACCAAGACCUGUAAAUGGAAAAACCAUUUCAAUACAACAGCCUCCUCCCAAGGUGCCUCCUGAGAGACCACCUCCCCCCAAACUCUCUGCAACCAGAACAUCAAAUAAAAAACUACCUUUUAAUCGGUCCUCUUCUGACAUGGAUCUUCAGAAAAAACAAAGUAACUUGGCAUCUGGACUCUCAAAAGCCAAAAGUCAAGUCUUUAAAAUUCAAGAUCCGGUGCUACCCCCUCGCCCCAAACCAGGACACCCUCUCUACAGUAAAUACAUGCUGUCUGUGCCUCAUGGAAUUGCCAAUGAAGACAUUGUCCCACAAAACCCUGGAGAUCUCUCUUGUAAGCGUGGGGACGUACUUGUGAUGCUGAAGCAGGCAGAAAAUAAUUACUUGGAAUGCCAAAAGGGAGAAGAUACUGGCAGAGUCCACCUGUCUCAGAUGAAGAUUAUUACUCCACUUGAGGAACAUCUUAGAAGCAGACCAAACCCCUGUUUUCCCCAUAAGGAUCCAAGCCACGCUCAGAAGCCUGUUGACAGUAGCGUUCCUCAUGCUGUUGUUCUUCAUGAUUUUCCAGCAGAGCAAUUUGAUGAUUUGAACCUCACUUCUGGAGAAAUUGUUUAUCUUUUGGAAAAGAUAGAUACAGAUUGGUACAGGGGGAGCUGUAGAAACCGGACUGGCAUAUUUCCUGCCAACUACGUCAAAGUAAUUGUUGAUAUUCCGGAAGGAGGAAAUGGGAAAAGAGAAUCCGUUCCAUCUCAUUGUGUUAGAGGCCCAAGAUGUGUUGCUCGGUUUGAAUAUGUUGGCGACCAGAUGGAUGAGUUAAGUUUCUCAGAGGGAGAAAUUAUUAUUCUUAAAGAGUAUGUGAAUGAGGAAUGGGCCAGAGGAGAACUUCGAGACAGAACUGGGAUUUUCCCCCUUAACUUUGUGGAACUUGUUGAGGAUUAUCCCACCUCUGCUGCAACUGUUUCAAGCACAAAGGUACCACUAAAAACCAAAAAAGAAGAUUCUGGCUCAAAUUCUCAGGUUAACAGUCUUUCUGGAGAGUGGUGUGAAGCUAUUCACAGUUUUAUAGCAGAGACCAGUGAUGACUUAUCCUUUAAAAGGGGAGACCGGAUCCUGAUCCUGGAGCGUCUGGACGCUGACUGGUGCAGGGGCAGACUGCAGGACAGAGAGGGGAUCUUCCCAGCAGUUUUCGUGCAUCCCUGCCCAGCUGAGGCAAAAAGUGUGCCUGCUAUAGCACCGACGGGGAGGAAGGCCAAAGCCAUAUAUGAUUUCCAUGGGGAGAAUGAAGAUGAGCUUUCCUUCAAGGCUGGAGAUAUAAUAACAGAGCUGGAAUCUGUAGAUGAUGACUGGAUGAGUGGAGAACUAAUGGGAAAAUCUGGAAUAUUUCCCAAAAACUAUGUUCAGUUUCUACAAGUCAGCUAAAGACCUGAUGGCUAGGCCAUUGGCAACGGCCCAAGAGUCAACAGAAAUACGUCAAGGUUCAUCAAGAGUAUUUGCCACAUCUAUGAGAACCACGCUGAGUUCUGCCCAGCUGAGCAGUGACCAUAUUCUCCUGCAUUCUGCAUAGCUGGUGCUGAAGUUGGACAGCAACAGCAACACAAUGGAUAUUCUCUGACUCAGUAUUUGUUCUGUAAAAUUGGGAUUCAGUCAAAAGGCCGCACGCAAGGAUCCAGAAGGCUACAUGUGGCCCCAUGGCUACAGGUUCCCCACCCAUCUGUGAAGUAAAGGCACAUGGAGCAGCACUUGUGGGUAUGCUUCAGGAGAUGAAGUGGGAGAUAAACAGUUUUCAAGAGUUACUGUUAGCAGCUCAUGCAAAAUCAGGCUGAUGCCGAAACUGCUGCACCCAGAAUACACUAUUUUUGACCAUCAAGGCCUAUUUAGUGAGGAAUAUACCAUCUCUAGUAUCUCCAAUAAGGUGUUGGGCUUUUUUGGUGAUGAAAAGUUAAAGAGAGCAGCUGACUGCCAGAGGGAGUAAGCAUUGUGGAUCCACCCUCCGGUCCCAAGAAACUACUUGGUGAACAGGCCUCUGAAUUGUAUUGGAGUUCUCAAACACCCCUGUUGGUGGAGGUGUGAUGAAACCACAGUCGAGGCCUAUGAGAUUGAGAAUUGUGAGUUCUCAAAAAAAUAGGACAUCAUCCUCUCUUUCAUAUAGUGAAAACUUUGGACAUCAGAGAGUAGAAACACUUAGGUUAACACAUACAUACACACCCUGGAGGCAAAUGCAGGGGAGUUUGUUCCAUUAACACUUUCCUAAACAUAGCGGUGCUCUGAAUAGGAGAAUGUCCUCUGAAACUUUGAGUGUUAAGUGCACAAUCACGUACACGUCAAGCUCACGUUUAGCAGUGGAAGAUGUAACACCAGUACAUUAAGUUGGCCCAGAGGGCCUCACACACACAUAAAAUAAUUAUUCUAUUGAUAAAACAUUUAUUUUAUAAAUUUUAAAAAACUUUGUCUUCACUGCAAAUUUUGCUCAAAUCCUAUAAGUUGAAUUUGGAUGCUAUUUAGAACAGGCAUUGGCAAACUUUUUUCUGUACAAGGCCACGUAAUAGAUAUUUGAGGCUUCUGUGGGCCAAAAGGCAAAACUGAGUAUAUUAUGUAGGCAUACAACAAGAGGAAACAAAUUUCCCCCAAAUUUUUAUUAAUGAAGUUCAAACUAUAUUAAUAAUGGAGUACUUUUUAAAAAUAAUACAAGUCUGAGAAGAAUGGAAUUCUUUCUUUUGGAGUGGGGGAUAAUAUUUCACUUAUGUAGGAUCCAAAGUUAGUGCUUCCCAUAAUCAAAAUCAAUUUCAAAUUUUCAUCUGUGAAUGCUGAUUUGCAAUGAGAUUUUACAUAUUUCAUUUUUGAAGAUGUCUUUUCACAGAUAGGUGACAUGUGUGGCCAAAAUAUUUUGAGUGCCACAUCACUGUGAUUUGCAGUGUGCUGCGCCUUAAUGUCAAGUGGUAAAUGCACCACAUAUGGCCAUUGUGGCAAUUACUCAACUCUACAGUAGCAGUGUAAAAAGCAGCAGCUGACAAUACUUAAAUGAGUGUGACUGUGUUCUAGUAAACUUGUGCAUACUGAAAUUUGACUUUAAUAUUAUUUCACAUGUAAUAAAAUUGUUUUUUUUUUUCAAUCCCUAUAAAAAUGGAAAAACCAUUACCAGCUUGCAGGCAUUACCAAAAUAGAAACUGGCCAGAUUUAGUCCAUGGGCAGUAAUUUGCCAACCUGUCCUAGACUAAGGAUUUCCUCACAUGGAUGGUUAGGGACUCCAACAGCAGCUGCUAGAAGAUCAUAGGCAAAGUCCCUGAUAAUGAAAAUCAAAGCAAGUGAACAAAUGCUAAAAACUGUAAUUUAGGACAACUUCACUCCCCUACCCCCCAAAAAAGAUUUGAAACUGUAAACUGAAAGAGUAUACUGCACACCUAACACUAUUUAAUCAGAAAAACCACUACCAAGAUAUAUUGUAGUAAAAUUAUUGGAUUUUUAAUGAAAAUUUUGUUAAAACUUGGGGUCCUCCAGCCAAAACCAAAGACUUAUAAGGGAAAAAUAUUAGAUUAUCAUACUCUUCAUUAGCAAUACUUUACGCUAUAAGAAAAGGAAUAGCAUAUUAAAGAUGUGUGAAGAAAGAGUAAGCCAAGGAUUUUAUAUACAGCAAAGGUUGACUUUCAGAUAUAAAGUACACUGAAAACCUACGUCCAACAUGCAAGAAUAUUAUUGCUAUGAGGACUUCCGUAGGAAUAUACCAGAGAACAGACUUCAAACAACCAAAAUGACUAGAGAAUCAUCAACCUAAGGACUGGUGACAGUACGGUUAUUGGUAGCACCGAGACUAAAUGAAGGCCUAGUGAGAUAGUAAGUGGACCCAAGUGCUCCAGCAAUGCUGACAUAGUGCAUCCAUAAAAACUAAUGGGGCAAGCAUAUGCCAAGAAUAUUUUUAAACUGUUCUCAGUAAUUAUAUUGGCGACUUCCUUUUCCACAUUCUUCUACAUUUAAGACCUGUAUCAUUACAUUAGCCCCACCCAUAUAAUCUAGCACACUCUCCCUAGCAGUUUUUUUCCCCUUUUCACACUAGUAUGUACUUUCAUUAAAAGUGCAAGUGGUGCUGCUUGAUUUACACGUUAAAGAAGCAAAAGCCUUUUUCAAGUGUUGGCUACUCAGGACUAAUUCGUGCUUUAUCACAAAAGUAAUGUUAAAAUUGUUAAGUUAAAAUUGUUCAAGUGGAAUCAACUAAAGAAGUCAUCCAGAUUCUUAAAAUGGGAAAUUUAGAAUUUGGUUGCGGUUAUUUUCAGUACAUAUGUUGACUGCCUUCAAGUUGGCUCUGGCCGGGGUGC